AUGACAACGCAGAGCGUCACAAACGGCCAGCACGGCCUGUCAAACGGUUGCUAUGGCUUUUUGAACGGAUUCGAUGGCUCAGCGAACGGCUAUAAUGGCCUGACAAACGGGCGUAAUGGCUGCAACCAUAACUCGGAAACGAACAAUUCCACACUCAACGGAGGCCAUAGCGCGGGCCUAUCUAAGGGUUUUGCGAACGGAACGGGGCCCCAUGUGCUUAGGAUGGCAAAUGGGCUCGGAUUCAAGUCGAUUGGGUCGAGGGAAAGAAGAGCUCUGUCGUCUCCUGUAUCCCCUCCCGCAGACCUGCCCUUCAUACAGCCAGUGUCGGCCAAACUGAAGCCAAUCAUUAAGACCGAUUUGGCAAAUGGACAGCCGUCACGGGCCGCAGAAGACUCGACAGAGCCCAAGACGUCGUCUCCAACAGACUCGACCUCUACAUUGAUAGCCGACUCGGUCCCCAUGGAAUCGGCCUUCAUGGUGUCGGCGCCCGGUAAGGUGAUUGUCUUUGGAGAGCAUGCUGUCGUACAUGGCAAGGCCGCAAUAGCCGCCUCGGUGUCACUGCGUUCGUAUCUUCUGGUCUCGAAGCGCUCCAAGCCGGAUGGGACGAUUACGCUCAAGUUCCCAGAUAUCAACUUUGACCACUCAUGGAACAUCGACGAUCUCCCAUGGGACCUUUUCUCGCGCCCAGACAAGAAAAAACAUUACCAUGAUGUAGUGACAGAGCUUGACCCAGAACUCGUGGCAGCGAUAGAGCCACAUACUGCUGAUGUAUCACCCCAUAUCAAGUCAGAAAAGGAACGCAAGAUCCAUCAAAGCUCUGCCGGCGCCUUUCUCUACAUGUUUCUCAUGCUUGGAGACCCAGAUUGGACCUUCAGGGGCACGCAUUUUACGCUUCGGUCUACCAUCCCAAUCGGUGCGGGGUUGGGCAGCAGCGCCACGAUCGCUGUCUGCCUAGCGACCGCUCUGUUGCGACGGAGUGAUGCACUUGCUGGACCACGUCCAAACAUGCCGUCUAACGAGGCGCGCAUACAGCUUGAGCGCAUCAACAGCUGGGCAUAUGUCUAUGAGAUGUUCAUUCACGGUAACCCGUCAGGCGUCGACAACACGGUGGCAACCCAGGGUAAGGCCCUGCACUUCAGGCGCCCUGAUUACAAGAAGCGUCCCGAGGUUGAGCCCAUCUGGAGCUUUCCCAAGCUUCCGCUUCUCCUGGUGAACACAAAGGUGGAGAAAUCAACCAAAAACUUGGUCAGCAAAGUUAAAGAACGCAAAGAGGAGCUUCCCGAGGUGGUAGAGCCCAUUUUGGAUGCAAUCGGAAUGAUCACCGACAUUUCCCAAAAGUUUUUGGAGCCGACUUCCUGCAACAAGCAGCCAAUGGGCAGCCAAGGGCUCCGGCGCGAACUGUUGGCCAUCAACGACCAUCUUAUGGUAUCGUUGAAAGCAUCAGAGGCACAGCUUCAGCGUGCAGAGGAGUUAGAGAUGGUCGAGCCUAUUGCCGAGGCUAGCAAGAAUAUCCUUGAUGCAUAUAUCAAUGUCUCCAAAACAUCUGACUGCGACUUAUUAUCCGAGGAGAGCCGUUGUCGCCUUUUGGGUGAGCUUAUGAGCACUAACCAUUGCCUUCUGAAGGCACUAGGUGUGUCGCACGAGCGGCUGGAACGCGUGCGCGAACUUGUUGAUAAGAGAGGCAUCGGCUGGACCAAGCUAACAGGCGCUGGAGGUGGUGGCUGCUCCAUUACGUUACUCAAGCCAGGGGUAUCACGCGAGACACUGAAUGACCUGGAGACAGAGCUGGAGAAAGAGGGUUAUCAGCGGUUCGAGUCGACAUUGGGUGGCGACGGUGUGGGCGUCCUAGAUCCUGUGAUUCUCGGCAAACCCGGGGAAAACGACCAUGGUGCACACAUUGACCUUAACCAGUUCCUGAGCGCCAAGGGUAACGAAGGAAUUGAGCGGUUGGUAGGCGUGCGCGGGAAAGAGGGAGAGAGGAUGGGGUGGAAGUUUUGGAGGAUUGACAGCGGGAUCUGA